AUGGCAGAUAGUUCCUGGUAUCGAGUUGAGCGUAUUCUUUCCGAGAAAUACGAAAGAAAAGGCGCACGGUUAGAAAAGUUCUACGAAAUUUUAUGGGCGCCUACGUGGGAACCGGCAAAACGAAUCAAUGCACAAGUUCCUUUAAUUGUGGAAGCAUAUGAAAAACAAAAGCAAAAAGGUCUUGCAAAUGUCAAGUCAAAUGAAACAAGUACUGAAUCUCUUGAAGCGACUGUUAAACAUGGUACACAAGGCUCUAAACGAGCUCAUAAUUCGAAAAAGAUCAAGGUUAUCGGCGUAGUUAGUGAUAACGGACGGAAUGUUAAGAACUCGACGUUAUUAGUUGAAAACGAAUAUAGUGGUGAACAGUGGUGUAUGCGGUAUGAAGACAUCAAAAGAGAUUAUUCAAUUGAAUUGAUUGAUUUCUUUGAGGAAUGCGUCUCUGGUUUUACGUGA